GCCACAGGUCUCACCAGGAGAUAGCGUCCACACCCCCACAUGGACUCAAUUUGGUGGUGGUGGGCAACAAGGCAGGCUAUGACAGAUAUUUCCCAGCGGACUGCUGCUGCGAGCGCAUCUUGAAAGCGGUGGCCGGGGCGCUGACACGGCCGGGCCAUGAGAUCACACCAGACAGCAUCCGAGACCUGUGGAACACACAUGACACCUGCCCCUUCGUAACGCCCAAGGACGCUGGUGACGACGCCCCGCCCAAGUCAAAGGCCCGCCUGCCAGAAAACAUGAGGAACCUUGAAUGGGACUGCGCCGUGACCCCCAUGGCCCCGGCGCACCUGGAGGUGCCGACAAUGACUGACCUGGAAACUGCACUAGGGGCACCCCCUCCAUAG